AAAAUUACAUUGGAAGUCGAUACAAGUGACUUAUCUCCCGGUUGUUUCAAAAGGUGAUGGUGGUUGAUGGGUUUUUCUACUAGGGUUCAACGUUCAUUAUUGGUAAUAGUAACAAUAACAAACAGCGAUAGAAGAUGGGGGAGAAGAUCGUAGAACAAUCGCACAAAAGUGGAAUCAUAAAGCUGGCCAUGGUUUUUAUUGUUGUUUUUUAACAGCCUACUUGUGCAUGGCCAGCAGUGGUUGAAUGUUGCAUUUCUUAAAUUUUUGUAGUUCUUUUUAUUUUUGGUGGCAAGAUACAGGGGUUCGAUUCCCCUCCAAAUCUUCUUGUCUUUUUGAAUGCGCUGAUUGCGCGAAACUUUGCCUGUAUUUUGUGAUUUGUCAAACCAAAGAACUUAACAACAAUCAAGCUAGUCAGUUAUUUGAAGAGUAAAAAAAAAACUAGAAAGAAUGUAACGCACGCUAGUCUAACUAUCGAUGUAAAUCUGUGCUUGGAUUGGAAACACUCAAUUUGAAAACACUGUACUGUCAGUAUGUUGAUCAACACAACAAAAAAAAAACAAUCUGGUAUUGUUUGUACAGGAAACUAGGAAGAGACAGAGGAAAAAGCAACCAUUUAAAAGCCAAGUAAUUACCCAGGUUUUUAGCGAUACGCUCCUUUUUGUGCAGUGAACAGUAAACUAUCUACUCGGAGAGUUGUUUUAGGCGUAAUCUCGUUUUUUUAUGAGGAAUCUCUGUAAUAAGAUACUCCUACUAUACAACUUUGUACGUUUAAUGUUGGAAAUAAUUGGUAAAUGUGUAGAACGAAAAAAAAAACUAAGUGAAUCCAAUUCCUAGCUUUAGCUCAAUUGAGAUUAAACCAAACGUUUUUAAUCAGGUUACUCCGAAGCAGGACAAGUUUUAUAGCUAAACUAUAUCUACUUUACAAAACUGACAAGAAAAAUGCAAAUAACUAUUGGUGCAAUUACUAUAGAAAUUAUAAAAUAAACCUAGCGUUGAUUCGAGCUCUCACUGACUUUCACUCUGUCAAAUUGUUCCACGUUUCCAUCUUAGCAGGCGGUGCAAGGUUCCCUCUUUCCCCAUCAAUAAAGACUUGUAAAUGUGGCGUCUACUUCGGUCAACAAAUGCUCAACGUACCUGGAGAAGCUAUCAAAACGGAACCACGAGAUUCGCCUACACACCAAUUUCUUGGAUUCCAGGGCACGUACCGCAACCCGAACGAGUCUCCGUCUCCGGUGGAGCGAUCGCCGGUAGCACCUCACGGCAGCACAACCCCCGUUGGACCGACCUCCCCGUACACCGCUGGUGGUGCGAAUAGUCUAACACCAACUCCUGGCAGUAGCAGCGGUGGACCCGGGGGAUACCAGCCUAAUGUGAACGAUUUCUUUCUCGGCGCCCAACCGCAGCAGCAACCACAGUUCCCGAACCAGUACAACUACGUUCCGAGCUCCCCAGCCAACGGUCAACCGGUGUAUCAAGCGUCUCCACAACAACAACAGCAAACCCAGAAUCAUCAAUUCCAGAUCCCAGGCGCACAGCCGUUCAAUUUGAACUUGAAUCUGAUGAACGGAGGUCUGCCCAACUCACUGGUUCAGCCCGGUCCUAGCCAGGUCCCGCCAGGAGGUGCCAGCAAUCCCGACUUCAACCUCAGCAGCCUGCUCGAUAUGGAUCUCGGUAAAGAGUUCACCAUGAACUCGUCCGAGAUCAAAUCGAUCAUGGGAGUUUUCUCCGCCUCGGAUAUCAAACAGGAGAUGCAGAACAACAACCAGCAGCAACACCCGCGGCGAAUGCAGAAGGACGAGGAAAAUCUAUCGAACAGUUUUACAAGACUGACAACGGGCGCGAUGAAUGAUUUGGACAAAUAGCGGAGGUCCGAGUCGGUGGGCGUUGCGCUGCGUGACCAGCAAUAAAAUUUUUCGAGUGUACGAACAACUUGCGGGCGCUAUCAGUUUUCGAAGUAAGGUGUUGAUUUUUACUACCGCUUGAUUGUGAGAACGAUGGAAACAACAGAAACAGUGAUUUAUUUUAUUUUUAA